AAGAAAUCAAAUAGAACGUAAAUGUGAAAUCAAUGGCAUAAAUGUUAGGGACUACUGUGAGGAAGAACGUGAAUCAACACAUGUUACACAAAAUUAUAAUUUAAUGAAAGAAGAAAUUAUGCACAUUCCAAAUACAAAACUGAAUAGUAAAAGAAAAAAUAGCUUGCUUAAAACAAUAGUACCGAUACAAAUCCAGGCAAAUAAUAUUAAAACUGUAUGUGGUAAGAAUUUCGAUCAAUCUGAUGAGUUGAAGACACAUAAUAAAAUAGAUGUUGAUGAAAAGUUGUAUUCAUGUAACAUUUGUGGUAAAAGUUUUACUACAUCUGGUAAUUUAAAGAAACAUCAAAUGAUUCAUUCAGGUGAAAAGCCGGACUCGUGCAACAUAUGUGGUAAAAGUUUCAGUUCGUUGAGUCAUUUAAAGACGCAUAUUAAAAUACAUACCGGUGAUAAGCAAUAUACAUGUAAAAUAUGUGGUAAAAGUUUCAUUCAAUAUAGUAACUUGAAGAUACAUAAUAGAAUUCAUACUGGCGAAAAACCGUAUUCAUGUAGUAUCUGUGGUAAGGGUUUUCGACAAUAUGGUAGUUUUAAGACUCAUUGUAGAAUUCAUUCCGGUGAAAAGCCGUAUUCGUGUUAUAUAUGUGGUAAAAGAUUCAGUCGAUCUAGUUACUUAACGAUACAUAAUACAAUUCAUACCGGUGAAAAGCGGUAUUCUUGUAAUAUAUGUGGCAAGAGUUUCAAUGGGUCUGGUCAUUUGAAGACGCAUAGAAGAAUUCAUACUGGUGAAAGACCGUAUUCCUGUAAAGUUUGUGGUAAGAGAUUCAAUCAAUCUAUUGAUUUGAAAACACAUAAUAGAAUACAUACUGGAGAAAAGCCUUAUUCCUGUAAUAUUUGCGGUAAGUGUUUCAAUCAAUCAAAUGAUUUGAAAACACAUAAUAGGAUACAUACUGGUGAAAAGCCGUAUUCAUGUAGUAUAUGUGGUAAAAGUUUCAACAGAUCUUACCAUUUGCAAACACAUAAUAGAAUGCAUACUGGUGAAAAGCCGUAUUCAUGUAGCAUUUGUGGUAAGAGUUUCACGCGGUCAAGCAGUUUGAAAGUACACACUAGAAAACACCCUGAUGAAAAGACUUGAUUAUUUAAGUUUUUUUAAUAACGCCAUUAUAACACAUUUAAAUAAAAUACAAUAUUAAGAAGGACUAAUAACUAACUAGCUUGUGAAUACAGUCAUUUCAAUUGUCUCCCUAAAAACGUUGAAUUGCAAACCGAAUUCGCAAAACGUCGAUAAAUAAAUAGUAAAACUGUUUAUUUACGCUACUAAUUUUGUUUUUUUUUUGUAAUUUUAUUUUAUAUUUAUUUUGUAAUUUUAACUUUACUAAUUAUUUAAAAUUUAACUCUGCUAAUUUUUGCAUACCUUUCGUAGAAACGCCCAUUGUUUUAUUGAAACAUAAAAUAUUUUCGCAGGAAUACCGAAAGGCACCUGCAUGUCGUAGAAGUAUUAUUAAUUUUCAACAUUGUAUUGAAAGAAGUAGGUAGAAUGUACCUUAUGGUAUUUUUUUUUAAUCUAAUUUAUAUAUUUGGGCAAGUAACAAAUUACACUCUUUACAUGCUUAAACUUAAAAUAUAAUUAUAAAAUGCAUAAGAGUUAAUUCACUUAUAAUCUACCACAGCAUUCAUAAUUUUUACUACGCUUAUACAACAAUAGUUUGAACAAUUUAUAAACUCAUAUCUAAAAUAUUGUAAUAUAUAAUUUAAAGUAAAAAUGAAAAUAUGAAAACAAGGUUUCUAAGUCACAUGUGUAAAUUAAUUUAGUAGGUAAUUGGAAUUAUGGUUAUGAAAUUCCGCCAACAACACUAGUACAAAUAGUUUUAUAUAUUGUAAAUGUACAUGUAUUGAUAAACAAAAGAAAAAAACAUAUUUAAUUAUUUUACAAUUUGGACAUUUCAAUAAAAAAAAUGUAUAAACAGUCCUAAAGCUUACAAAUCAAAGAAAAAAUUUAAUUUUAAAGAAAAUAGAUGAACUCGCAAAGACCACCCUCUAUAAUAUAAUAGAUAACAAAAAUUAUGCGUUACGUGUGUUGAACGCAUGACUGUCGAGGACAUAUACGAAAUCGUAAGCAGUCGUGCGGGUAACACACAGCGCGAACAAUAAUGUCGCCCUGCAAUGAGUUCCCUUUCUGAGGUUAGCAGUGAAUGUGUUAAAACCUAGUGUAGAAAUUCAAUUAUAUAUUUUAUAAACUGUAGAAUAUUUUAUUAUGUUGCAUAAUAAUUAUAUUUCUAUGUGGUUUCAAUAUGGUCAAAGAAAUUGCAUUAAUAAUUGACCUCCAAUUACACUGAGCAAGGAAUAAAACAUGAGUUAUCAGGAUGCUGUUUCUUACAUAUACUCACUCAGGGGCUUUAGCAUAUACUCAGAACCUUAUUCUGUAAAUAUACAAAUGAUUUAAGUUUUCUUUAGUGUUAAUUCCGCCAAUAUUUGAAGAAAACUUAAAUCAUUUGUAUAAUUAUGGAUUUUCGCAAAGUAACGACUAAUUCAAUAAAUUUUCUUAUUCUAUAAAACUUUCUAUAACAUGCAUAUUAUUCCAUUUGAAUAUCAAAAGUCCAUUUUGGCAUAUACCUGAACGCAUUAAAGUAUUUUAUUGUUUAUAUCAUCCCCACCAUCUGGAUGUGGGGUAUUCAUCUACAGCGCGGUUUUCACGGAAAUUUCUUCCACGUACAACCAUGCUGUUGAAGAAACUACCUUGUGCAGUGUUCAAUACGAUAUUAUAUGAAAAUCAAUCUUAAUAUUUUAAAUAUGGAAUUUAUAUCAUCAGUGUGAUUUACUUAGUUUGUAUCUUCCAAGCCUUAAUGUGAAACAAUUUAUUGUUACUUACCUAAAUAUGUUAGAAACCGUAACACAGCAAUUGUAAUUAUUAUGACGGGUACUCACGAUACAUAUUUUAUAUAUUUGAUGCCGAUAUUUCGAUCCAAUUGCAUGAAUCGUGGUCACGGCGGAACUGCGCUGGCGGUGAGAAACACUCGACACAUUGACACUUGACACAGCAAGCCUAGAAUACUAUUGGAAUAUAAGCAUAUAUCUGCAUCCAAUGUACUUCUAAAAGGACGUAGACAAUCUGAUAUAAAAUAUAGGUAUUAAUUAUUGUGUUACCUAACUGUAUGUAUUGUUAUAUUAUGUAAACUUAAGCAAAAUGGUCAAAUUGUAAGUAGAGGUAUUUAGUGAGUAAUCCAUAAUAUGAAGAUGAACAUUCUUUUCUGUUAUUUGGUUGAGUUCUCGUGACAGGCUUCGUAAUUAUUGUUUAAAUGUCACUUCUUGUGGCGGCGACGUGGGACGGAUCGUUCGGUUCCCUAAAAUAUAGACGAGAGAGGCGAUGUCUGGCGCGUGUGGUAGUAGAGUGAUCCUGUUACUGGAAACUGCUUUGAUGUUCUUGCUCGCAAAAUACCUUUAUUUAUUUACCGUGUGUAUGGAUUGAUGCAUCUACUCUACUCAAUAACUCUUGUUUUCACGGCGUUCUUUUUUUUUCAGACGUUGAGUAUUUUUGUUGCAUUACUUUACAUAUAUUGUAAUUGAAAUGAUUUGUAAAAAGAGCUGUAGAUAUUGAUUUAAAAGAGUGUCAAUGAGGUUUUGCCAAUUCUUCUCAUUAAAGCUAAGCCUUUUCCAAAGUGCCGAAAAAUAUAAAAGAAAAGAAAACUUGUAACAUUCACAAGUGUCAUUUCCUUGACAUACAUGAAUAAGGUGAUUUUGAUUUGAUAUUAUUAGAUUCGGUGUAUAUACAGUAUUAAUAGUUGUCAAUUUUAUGAUGCAAGUUGAAACUUCACCGGUCGCGGUACAUUGUGAAAGCGCUAACAAUAAAUAAAAUUUUACUUUU